AAAAACUUCAAUGUCUUUACGUGUGAGUCGUGUAAAGCCUUCUUUCGAAGAAAUGCACUCAAACUUAAGGAAUACAAGUGCUCUCUUCGGGACAAUUGUAGUAUUGAUAUCACGACCAGAAAGUUGUGCCGCAAAUGUCGACUUCAGAAGUGCUUCGAUUCGGGAAUGAAAAAAGAAUAUAUUCUCUCCGAAGAGCAAAAACAGAUGAGAAAAAUACGAAAACAAGUAAACGAUUGCAAACCAUCGGCCGAUUCAGACACUGGCGACUCGUCCCAAGAAUCGGUGGCCACAACUGAUACCAAGAGCAGUUGCGAUGGUAUCGUACAUCGUGGUGAACCAAAUGAUUGUGACCAUGGUGUUGUUAUUAUCGAUAAACUCAUCGAUGACAAGAGACCACUGGCCGAGUGGGAGAGCACUCGUCUCCGAGAGAUGAUGACUAUAUUGAAUGAAUUGAAAAAUCAAUAUAAAAGCAAAUUAGUGGCCGAAGUGACGGACCUGGAUAUGGCCUGUCGUGCCUUUUCCUACAACUGCGAGAGGGAUGCCUACAAAUUCAUUAGACUGUCCAACAGUUUGACCGCAUUUCAAAGUAUGUGCGAAAACGAUAAGAUCUCGCUAUUAAAGUACGGAUCGCUGGAAAUGUUUUGUUUGCGUUUAAUCACCACUUAUAACAUCGAGAAACAGUUUUGGACUUUUAUCACCGCAAUCGGAACCGAAUGGGACUCAGAUUUUGUGAUCCUUGAUUUGUUAACAAUAAUAGUGUUGUUUAACGAUCACAGACCACAUCUUAUACACAGGGAUUUAGUGAACUGUCAAAAACAUAUUUAUAUGCAUUUACUGCAAAAGUACUUAAAAGUGAAAUAUCGGACACAAAGUGAUGAGAAACUAUUGAAACUAAUGGACGGAUUGGAGAAUUUGCAUCAAUUAAGUGCCAUUCACUUCACCAACUACUCGGAGGCGCCGCCCGAAUACAUCGGACCCCUUCUCAGGGAAAUGCUCGACACCAGAGAGUCUAUUACAAGUGAUUUGAAGUGUCAUUUCGGAGACAAAUGUGAGAUAAGUUUAUUGACCCGAAAAUUCUGCCAAAGAUGUCGUCUGAAGAAGUGUUUUGCUGUGGAAAUGAAAAUUGAUCUAAUACUUACUGAAGACGAGAAACGAUUUAAUAAAAUGCGAUUAAAAUCAAAAAAAGUUAAUCACAAUAAAGUUGAUAAUGAAAACAAUGCGAUUAUCGACUCCACAACCGAUUCGCCCAACAAUUCAUCAAAUAAUAGCGAGAAGUGUUACGAGUCUUCGGAUGCGAUCAUAACGAGUCCCGAAGACUAUAGUUAUACAGAAGAGGACAUUGAUUUAGCCAUCGAUGACUUCGAGAGAUCAUUUCUGGACACUAAUAAUAGCCAAUACAACACAUCGGAGCCUAUUAUCAAUCAGUGUUCAGCAGUGGUUCCCAUAUCGAGACCAUUGACUGACUAUCGAAACAAUUUCAACGAAUUAGAAGGAAAUAAAUUGACCGAAAUAUUGUUCGCAACGGAUCUAAUACAAGAGCCCAUCAGUGAAGUCACGUCUAUAAUCAACAAUAUGUUAGAAUAUAGAGUAAAACUUACGUAUAAAUUCACAAAAGAGAUAUUAAACUUUCCCAAACUAACCAAUAAUGUUCGGGCAUUUAACCAGCUCUGCCAGAACGAUAAAAUAGCCCUGGUCAAGUACGGGGCCAUCGAGAUAAUUAAUGUGCGCUCGGCACUUAUUUUUGACCCAAACACAAAAUGUUGGUCUAUUAAUACUGACGAGAAUAACGCGUCUUUACUUCGCUUGGAUUUCCUUAAGAACGAGAGGAACAAUGUUUACGAGGCGUACAAAACAUUUCUCACUAAAUUCAUACCCGCCGUAGACAACGACCCACUUAUUAUGAACUUGUUCACGGCCAUCCUCUUGUUUAACCCGAAUCGUCCAAAUCUCAGACAUAAACAGUUGGUUAAACUUCAGCAGAAAUCAUAUCUCCAUUUACUUCAACGCUAUUUUCUAUUAAAAUAUCGUUCAGACAGUGAAAUGAGGGCAAAGUUCAUGGCGUUAAUGAAUAUAAUGCCAGAUAUUUGUGUCUUAAGUGGUAUACUGUGGAGGAAUGGCGUGGAAUCUGAGCCUCAGCUCAUGGGACCACUUCUUAGCGAGAUUUUUGAUAAAUGAUUGC